AAGCCGGUCUGGUCCACUCCACUGUGGACCUCGAAGUUGGGAAGUUAUAGGAGGUUGGGACUUGGGUCGCGGCAGACGACAUGGCUGCGCGGUUUCUGUGGCGCGCCCAGACAAAGCUGUUAUUCGGUUCCGCCGUCCUUGGUGGCGGAGCUGCCGCCGCGGCUAUUGCCAGUUCCGAUGACCCUCUCACCGCUCUCAAGCUUUGCUCCACUGUCCCGCUUCGCCUCUUCCGCGAUUCCGUCACCGCCGCCGCUAUAGCUUUCGAUUAUGAGUAUUCGCUCUGGGGACUACCCGAAGGUAGUGCUGAAAGACAAAAAGUCAGGCAUGAAGUUCAUCUGAGAGGUGCACGCAGACUUGAAGAACUUUGUUUCAAAAAUGGUGGAAUAUAUAUAAAAAUUGGUCAACAUCUUGGUCAGUUGGAGUACUUAGUACCUGAUGAAUAUGUUAGAACAAUGAGGGAAUCCAUGCUUAAUAGAUGCCCCCAAUCAUCUUAUGAUCAAGUAUGCGAAGUUGUCAAGAAAGAACUUGGAGGAAGACCAGACGAAAUAUUUGAAGAGUUUAAUCCAGUGCCAAUUGCAAGUGCUUCUCUUGCCCAAGUCCACGUUGCUCGAACACAUGAUGGGGAAAAAGUCGCCAUAAAGGUUCAACAUACGCACAUAACAGAUACUGCCGCUGCUGAUUAUGCCACCGUGUCGUUAAUUGUGAACACGCUGCACCGAUUUUUUCCUGAUUUCGACUACAGGUGGUUGAUUGAUGAAAUUCGCGAAAGUGUACCUAAGGAACUAGAUUUCCUUGUUGAGGCUAAAAACAGCGUGAAAUGUAUGGAUAACUUUCGGAAGCUUUCUCCUCAUAUUGCAAAUUAUGUUUAUGCCCCCAGGGUAUAUUGGAAUUUGAGUACCUCAAAGUUGUUAACCAUGGAAUUUAUGGAUGCUGCACAAGUAAAUGAUGUGAAGACCAUUCAGUCUCUUGGCAUUCGGCCAACGGAUCUGGCAAAAUUAGUUAGUGAGAUCUUUGCUGAAAUGAUGUUCAAGCACGGAUUUGUGCACUGUGAUCCCCAUGCUGCAAACAUGCUAGUUCGCCCCAUGCCUUCUGGCCCAACAACAUUUUUCGGGAAGAGAAAGCCACAAUUGAUACUUCUAGAUCAUGGCUUAUACAAAGAACUCGAUAACUCUACAAGAAUGAACUAUGCUGCACUCUGGAAGGCAUUAAUAAACUCUGAUGCCAAAGGUAUUAGGGAAAACAGUGCAAAACUGGGUGCUGGUGACGAUCUGUAUGCGUUGUUUGCUGGGAUUCUUACAAUGAGACCAUGGAAUAAAGUAGUCGACACAUCCGUUGAUCAUUUGGUUAUCGAAGGAUCAGACAAUGAGCGUUCGGAAAUUCAGAUGCAUGCUUCAUCACACUUCCCUCAAAUCACUGAGCUACUUAGGAGAUUGCCUCGUGUUAUUCUUUUAAUGCUGAAGACAAAUGACUGUCUACGAGCUGUUAACAGGGCCUUGACCCUAGGUUCCUCUCUGGAGACCUUUUUAAUUAUUGGAAAAGUUUCAUCCGAGGCAGUUCUGGAAUCAACAUUGGAGAAGAGUUCGCUAUUAUCCCGGAUCAACUUCCGGUUCCAGAAGCUUUUGCUAGAAGCCCGUCUUUAUGGAAUGCAACUAGCUGUUUGGCUUAUGCAGCUUCGGAAGUUAUUGGCAGUCUGAUAUCACUAACCCCGCCUCAAGAAUGAAUUCCUUGAAGAGUCUUUCUUUCUAUGGAGAAGACAGCAUAAGGUAUUACGAUCUGAUUAUACGCCUACUUGACAGGACUCAUUUUUUGAUUUUUCCGAAGUAUGGAUCCCAACAGUUAAGUGCAAGUCGAAAGGUGCCACAUAAGGCAAAGAGGAUGGUCCUUCAAAAACUAGACCAUUCUAAAGUUUUGAUUAUUAUUUUGAAGUGAUUUUAGAAUAUGGCAAUUCUUUACCAAUUUGAUGCACGAAAGGCGCAUCUAGUUGAUUGCGUUGGCUCCUUCAUACAAUAUAUAUUAUUCUCCUGCUGUACCAAAAAAACAAUGCCGGAGACGAGCAUUUGAUUGCAUUGUGAGCUCACAAGUGACUAAUUCGAGAGCUUUUUAAUUUCCUAAAUAGAGUUUAUCGAAGGAUAAUCAUGAUUGGAAUAUAUUAUACUUGAGCAUUGAGAUGUGAAGGGUGUACCGUGUUAAUUCAUCAAUAUAAUUUCAAUCCUUU